AUGGACUUCGAAGAGCUCAGCUUCAAACUCAAACCUCUUUUCGAAGAUGAAUUUGCUUCAAGAAUAAGUAAGGAUCCUAGUCUGGUGACGCAUGCAGUAGCAUCACUUUCGGACCUAGCAGUACGACUUCGAGAACCUCGCAAUCGAGACAUUCUCCGGGAAUCUGGCAUUUUACAGCAGUUGCUCAAUCUCUUAAGUCAAGUGUUAGAUGGCAGCUACUCCAGCUCGAGCGUCAUGCAGGUGGGUGGGGAGAUCGUACGCUGCCUGGCUAACUGUCUCGCAGACAAUGACCAUAAUCGAACCUUCUUUAUGUCACACAUAUUUACUCCUACAGCAACCCUGCGAGAGCAAUUCCGCUCAAUUUUCAAGUUCAAGGACCAGGAAGGCGCCCAAGUUGAUGUUGAUGUCAAAUUUUAUCUCACAGCGUUGGUUAAGAAUCUUUGUUUGGGAAACGAGGAAUACACGAGAAAAUGCUCUUCGGAGUUCACUGGCGUUCUCUUCGAGGUACUUGAACAUAAGCACGAGAACAGUGAAAGGGGUAUAGAACUUGUGAUUAUGACCGCCGAUCUCCUCUCCGAUUUUGUUGAAAGCUCGCACCAGAGUGUUGCCGUGGGGCAAUUAGCGCAAUUGGCCAAGUUGCUCAAUGAAACAGCACCGAAAGCCGGGUUCGUUGUAAAUCCGAAUGAAGAAGAAGAGGAUGAGGAUGAGGAUGCAUACGGAGAAUUAGUGCAGCUGCUGUCUGACAUAAUUGAAAAAGUAGUUUCCAGGAACGAAGUCCUUGACUUUUCAAAUGAAAGUGUGACACAUCAGCUCCAGGCACGACUACUCGAAGCUUUGUCGACCCUGGAAGUCAAAGAAAGCUUAGAAAAUAAACUUAUAAUUCUACGCAGGCUAGUGUCGAUUAUAGGGCAUGUUUCAGCUAGUAGGUCGAAUUCAAAUUUACAAGAUCGACAACUGUGCUACAAGGUUCUUACAACGGAUUACAAAAGUUAUGCCGUAGCGGCUGCCUUAAUUGUACUCUCCAACUCCGUCUCUUCGCGUGACGCCGCCAAUGAUGUAAGUCGCCAGAUAACGCUAAGUUCGCUUAUUAGACGUUGCCAAGCUUUUCAAGACCCUAUGCAGUUUCAAGGCUUGUUGGAUCUUCUGAAAAAAUUGAUCAAUUUGUCAAAUGCCCAUGAGCUAACGGAUGCUGACUUGUCACUCUUAUACUUGGAGCUGAAGACGUGCCAUGACCAAUGCCAGUAUUUCCAAAGCCUUUCACCUCUAUUAGACUCUCUUUUGAUCAAACUUGCUGCUGUUUUGCCAGGCACUGUGCUGCGAGGUGCCCUUGAUCAAAAUGAAAAUUUCAAGACCGUGAUUUGCGAGCGGGGUGGCACGGCAGCUUGCUUGCUUGUUGAUAAGCUUGCCGUUCAAAAACGCCAAGAGGAUGAAGACAUUUUAUCCAAACUGUGGAAUUCAAUUUUCCAGUUCAAAGACACUUCGACUACGAACCCAGGAGAGCUAUCAUCAUCUUUUUUCUUCCAGUUGAUGAAAACUCUCGGAAUUUAUCUGCGUUCAAGGGAUGUCAAUCUUCCAAAUUCGUUAUUUGUUUCUCACUGCAAUCAGAUUUCCCAGCUGUUGCACGCUGUGGAACCUUUGAAAGGUAAACAAGAUUCAGCAAGUCUAAGUAUUCACAACAAUGCGCGUUUCGUUGCUGGAAUGACCAUAAACAUACUCAAAGAUAAAGUACUAACAACCGAGGAGAUCCAAUUGAGGGACUCGGCCACUAAGUUGUUGGUACCAGAGUCGUGA